CUGUCCACCAGCUAUAGUCGCCCUUUCGAUGUCAGUGCGUGCGGGCUUUUCCGCUUCCUCAUGCAGGUCAGCUGACUGAGGCAUCUGUCAGACCUCAGCAACUGCAUUGAAUGACAACAAUGGCACAUUUUUAACCGUAGAAGUGCAUCAGACGGAUACAAAUUCGCCUAUAGCUGCCCCACAUUCACAUACAGCUUUGUUCUUCAGCACUGUGACCAUGACAGAGUUCUGGUUGAUCUCUGCUCCGGGAGAGAAGACUUGCCAGCAAACAUGGGACACAAUGAUGGCAGCGACCACACGCAGCAACAACCUUUCCACCAAUCACAAGUUCAGCAUGCCAGAGCUCAAGGUGGGAACUCUGGACGUCUUAGUUGGCCUUUCAGAUGAACUGGCCAAGUUGGACUCCUUUGUUGAAAGUGUGGUGAAGAAAGUGGCUCAGUACAUGGCUGAUGUGCUGGAGGACAGCCGGGACAAAGUCCAGGAGAAUCUCUUGGCCAAUGGAGUUGAUCUUGUAACUUACAUCACAAGGUUCCAAUGGGACAUGGCCAAAUACCCCAUCAAGCAGUCGCUGAAAAACAUCUCUGAAAUCAUCUCAAAGCAAGUAUCCCAGAUUGACAAUGAUUUGAAAACUAGGGCGUCCGCUUACAACAAUCUAAAGGGAAAUCUGCAAAACUUGGAAAGGAAGAAUGCGGGCAGCCUGCUGACAAGGAGUUUGGCCGACAUUGUGAAGAAGGAUGACUUUGUGCUUGACUCUGAGUAUCUUAUUACCCUGCUGGUUGUUGUACCAAAAACAUCGUACACCGACUGGCAGAAAGUGUAUGAGACACUUGCUGAGAUGGUGGUUCCUCGAUCCUCAAAUUUGUUAUUUGAAGACAAUGACAGCGGAUUAUUCAGUGUCACGUUGUUCAGAAAGGCGGUGGAUGACUUCAAGCACAAAGCAAGAGAAAACAAGUUUACAGUGAGAGACUUCCAGUACAAUGAAGAUGAGAUGAAGGCGGACAAGGAAGAAAUGACACGUCUGUCUACCGAUAAGAAGAAGCAAUAUGGCCCGCUGGUUCGCUGGCUGAAAGUGAACUUCAGUGAAGCUUUCAUCGCAUGGAUCCACAUCAAGGCUCUGCGGGUAUUUGUGGAGUCCGUUUUAAGAUAUGGAUUACCAGUGAAUUUCCAGGCGAUGCUACUGCAGCCUAACAAGAAGACUAUGAAGAGGCUGCGCGAGGUUCUAAAUGAUCUGUACAAACAUCUUGACAGCGGCGCUGCAGCAAUCAUUGAUUCGACGAUGGACAUCCCAGGCCUGAACCUGAGCCAGCAAGAGUAUUACCCCUAUGUCUACUACAAGAUUGACUGCAACUUAUUGGAUUUCAAGUCAUAAUUCCAAAUUUUACAUCUGUAUGUCUCUAUCAAAAGGUGUUUACACCUUCAUCCUCACCCCCAACUCCACUUCCAAAGUCACUGCCCCAGCUUCUUCACAGUUGCAUGCUGACUUUUGUCAAUUAAAAAAGUCUCAUUCACAGGCUCUUAAUUGUACAAAUGAACAAGGAAAAGGGACAUUUUAAAUUUUGUUUUGUUCGCUGCCUAUUUUUCUUAAGAAUCUGAAAAUUAUUUCAGUGAAAACAAAGUGUGCAUUUAUUACUUCUCAUUCCACAUCUGUGCUGCCUGAUGCAUAUUUAUGUUUUCACAUGGUCAAGUUACAUGCUUGUAUCACUGGAAACAAAUAUGUGUGUCGUGAUGUGUUUACUGUCUGACGGCUUCUUUAUUUGAAUAUUAUGUUGAAUCAGACGUGGUAAAUGAAUAAAUAUUGUGUGUUCACAUA